CCAAAAAUAAUCAUCACUUCAAUUUCCUUACAUUUUUAUUUUCACGCCACAAUAAUCAUAAUUGUACCCGCACACAAUUAUCAUAAUCUGCCUCAAAUAAAAAUGUUAACCAAAAAUAAUAAUAUCUCACACAAAAAGAAAAACAACAUAUCUAACACCCGAAGAUAAUUACUGUAAAUAUCACAAUCAUCUCGGUUUCCAUUAUUAUUGUCACAAUGUGUGCUAACAAUAAUAAUAUAUUGCCCAAAAGACAUUAUUAUUGUUGGUAGAAAGAUUUAGACGCUUGAAAAAAAAAAAACGAUUAUCUGAUUCCGAAUCACAAUAAUAAUCUCUGCCUUUUUUUCGGGCAGAGGUUAUUAUUUGGACGCUUGAAAUUUGAAACGUUUUAAUGAGGUAGAGUGGAGGAGAUUAUUUCAUGCGUGACUAUAAACAAGCGUCUGGUUGAGAGGAAAUUCACGUGACCCUAGUUUCGCUUUACCUUAAGGCUUGAGUAUAGUAUUAAGAACUGAAUAGGCACCGAAGGCGAAGGCACAUGGUAACGGUCUGUAAUUGUAGUCUGACGGUAGAAGGAUUGAUCUGAGAAGCUUAUGAGAAGUUUGUUUAAAAGAAAUGAAUCAACAAGAACUACACAAGAAAAUCAAGGAGUACUUUUAUAAGGGUUUCAACAGCAGACUUAUCCAUUACCUAAUCCAGAGAAACAAUAAUUAUAAUAUAAGUUAUAAUUGCCUAGUUAGAAAACUACUCCCUAGACUUGGUUUGAAAAGGAGGCUAGCGGAAAUUGAUAUAGAUGAAGUAUUUGAAAAGUCACAGAUAGAGAUACAAAAUGGUUGUGCAGGUUCAGAGAACCUAAGAAGAACUCUGAAAAUGAAAUACCAUUUUAAUGUAACCAGAUCUAUUUCAAGAGAAAUAGUAAAAAUUUUGGAUGAAGAUGGAGUCAGAAGAAGGAAACAAAGAAGACUAAGACGAAGGCAGUAUUUCAGCAGGGGUCCAAACUUUGUAUGGCACUUGGAUGGAUAUGAUAAGCUUAAGCCAUUUGGAAUAAGCAUUCAUGGGUGCAUCGAUGGGUUUUCUCGAAGAGUGAUAUGGUUGGAGGCAGAUAUAACCAAUAAACGGCCAGAGGUUGUAGCUGAAUAUUAUCUUAGUGCUGUGCAAUUGCUAAAAGGCUGUCCUCAGAAAAUCCGUGCUGAUCCCGGAACAGAAAAUGGAAUCAUUGCCACAUUUCAUUCCUGUUUGAAAGAAAAUUGCAGUUCGGUUACUUUGGGAACAUCUACAGCAAAUCAGAGGAUUGAGAGGUUCUGGGGUCUUUUGAGACAAAUGAGGGCAGAUUUUUGGAUACAUCAUUUCAAGGAUUUGGUGUAUGAAGAUUUGCUGGUGCUAGGAAAUCCUAUACACAGACUCUGCAUUCAGUAUGUUUACCUCCCACUAAUAAAGAAAGACUUAAAGGAAAUAAUGGAGCAAUGGAAUAACCAUUUGAUUCGGCGACAGAAAUUAGGAGAUACAGUACAAGGCAUUCCAGAUGUGUUGUUUAAAAAUCCAGAGAUUGUUGGUGCUUCACAGUACAUACAUUCAGUUCCUCACAAUACAGUGGCUCGUUUACAGGGACUUGUGUCAAACAACUUCAAACAAAUUGAUGAAGAUUUUGCACAUGUGGCAACAUUAAUUUUGCACCAGCAUGGUCUGCCUCUGCCAGAUGCCCUGGGAGACUGGACCUCUGCUCGUCAACUCUACAUAUUUCUGCAGGAGAGCAUCACACAUUUAAUGAAUCUUAUAUAAUAACGACUUAAUAAGUAAAAGGUGUAAUCACUCAUGGGUGUCAGAUGAUGUUGCUUGUAUUUUCAGCUGAAUUGUAUUAACCAGCUUUACAGUCUUAAAUUUUUAACAAAUCAGAUACAUUUACAUGUAUAUGUACAUGCACGUAUCUACAUUAUUUAGUUUUUAUACCUCUGCUUCAGAAACUGUUUUACCCGUGUGUCCGUCUGUUCGUUCGUACAUGUAAAAACUCACUGUCACAUUUUUUUUCAGCGACUUUUAAAUGCAGAUGCUUCAAAUUGAACACACUCUUUUUUUAGGCAUGCCAUUUUAUUUUCAUACCAAUGGGAUGUCAUCCUCAUUCCUGUUAAAUGAUUUUUUUUUAGCCCAAGUUUUCAAAUAAAUUUUAGUUAAAGAUUUAAUUCUCAGCAACUGUUAAUCGUAGAUGCUUGAAAUUUUAAAACUCUCUUUGUUUAGACAUGUCAUAUGGUGGAAUGUUUUCGUACCAAUUGGACAUCAACUUCUUGUCAAAUGACCUGUGCUUUUGUUCAUUUUUAGAUUAAAUUUUGAAAUUAUAUUUUUUCAGCAACUAUAAAUUGCAGAUGCUGGAAAGUUUUACUUCUAUUAGUUGAAGAAGGCAAUAUAGUUGGAUUCAUUUUUUCAAAAUUCUCAGUCAACCUCCAGUUAAAUGCUUAUUUUGUAUAUUCACAUCAGUGCAGGGGUAUCACUUGUGAGCAUUGGCUCAUAGAUAUCUUAUAUGUAUGCUUUUUUAAUGGGGAGGGGGAUUGAGAUAUUAUACACCAGCCAUAAAGUUUACCUAUAAUACAUGUAAGCUCGAGCUCUCUCUUUGUAAUGUUAUCAUGGAAUCCCAUUAUGUAAUGAUUAUGUCAAAUGCAUUACAUGUAUAACUAUUGUGAAAUAAAUUAUAUAAAAGUAAAA